AUGCGCCACGGUCAACCACAGUUUUUGAAUCAACAUACGGACCAUCAUUCCCUUGCUACAUCUCUUAGGAUCAGGGCCUGCGAUAUUGGGCUAAGACACUCGGAUGUCACACUCGACCGGGCAAUGGUGAUUACCACGUCGCCUGCUCGUCACUCCAUGAUUCCGGUUCAAAGCCUUCAUGUCUUGGGAACUGUCAGCUUUGCCGAUAAGGAAGGGAUUUCAAAGGAACUUGCUAGUACUGAAAGCUAUAACAGUGGGGUAUAUGUUUUUGCCUCUAUACAGGAUGAGUCGGAAUCAAACACUCCAAGAUUUGUGGCCCGGUUUUUCAGUCCUGGAAUUUCAAUGGAAGACCCAGCCACUGGUUCGGCUGCUGGGCCUUUGGCUGCUUACUUGUGGGCGAACAAUGUUCUGACCUAUGCGGAGAACGGAUUGAAGUUGUGCAGGGUAUACAGACUGGGAGGCGAUAUUUUGAGCAUUGAGCCAAAUAAGGAAGAUUCGUUUAGCAUCACGAUUUCCGGAACUGGCGUGCUGGUUGCACAUGGAACUAUCGCGAUUCCUAGUUUAGAGCUUUCCUUUUGA